GCAGCGAAGAGUGUGUCCGCCUAGCUCAGUGUGCGUGGAGAUCAGGUCCGAGCGCCCGCCCUGAGGCAGGCAGUUCGCAAGCUCCAGCCGUCGCUGCCGCCGUUGCUGCCUGCAGCCAGCCUAAGCGAGCAGCGCCGCGGCGAAACUGGGCGCAGGGGAGCUAGCUCGGCCCCGCCAGCCCAGCCCAGCCCGACCCGACUCCAUUCCCGCGCCGGGGCAGCAGCAGGAGCAGCCGCCGCCGCCCGGAGAGAAGGUGGAGGAAGAAAUCCAACCCCUAGCACGCGCGCACCAUCAUGGACCAUUAUGAUUCCCAGCAAAACAACGACUACAUGCAGCCGGAAGAGGACUGGGACCGAGACCUGCUCCUGGACCCGGCCUGGGAGAAGCAGCAGAGAAAGACGUUCACUGCGUGGUGCAACUCCCAUCUCCGGAAGGCAGGUACACAGAUCGAGAAUAUUGAGGAGGACUUCCGGGAUGGCCUGAAGCUCAUGCUGCUGCUGGAGGUCAUCUCAGGUGAACGCUUGGCCAAGCCAGAGAGAGGCAAGAUGAGGGUGCACAAGAUCUCCAAUGUCAACAAGGCUCUGGAUUUCAUCGCCAGCAAAGGGGUCAAGCUGGUGUCCAUUGGAGCUGAGGAAAUCGUGGAUGGGAAUGUGAAAAUGACCCUGGGCAUGAUCUGGACCAUCAUCCUUCGCUUUGCCAUCCAGGACAUCUCCGUGGAAGAGACUUCAGCGAAGGAAGGACUGCUCUUGUGGUGUCAGAGAAAGACAGCCCCUUACAAAAACGUCAACAUCCAGAACUUCCACAUAAGCUGGAAGGACGGCCUUGGCUUCUGUGCCUUGAUCCACCGACACCGGCCUGAGCUGAUUGACUACGGGAAGCUGCGAAAGGAUGAUCCACUCACAAAUCUAAACACGGCCUUCGAUGUGGCAGAGAAAUACCUGGACAUCCCCAAGAUGCUGGAUGCCGAAGACAUCGUCGGAACUGCCCGCCCGGAUGAGAAAGCCAUCAUGACUUACGUGUCUAGCUUCUACCAUGCCUUCUCUGGAGCCCAGAAGGCGGAGACAGCAGCCAAUCGCAUCUGCAAGGUGUUAGCCGUGAACCAGGAGAACGAGCAGCUCAUGGAGGAUUACGAGAAGCUGGCCAGUGAUCUGCUGGAGUGGAUCCGCCGCACCAUCCCGUGGCUGGAGAACCGGGCGCCUGAGAACACCAUGCACGCCAUGCAGCAGAAGCUGGAGGACUUCCGUGACUACCGGCGCCUGCACAAGCCGCCCAAGGUGCAGGAGAAGUGCCAGCUGGAGAUCAACUUCAACACACUGCAGACCAAGCUGCGGCUCAGCAACCGGCCCGCCUUCAUGCCUUCCGAGGGCAGGAUGGUCUCGGACAUCAGCAAUGCCUGGGGCUGCCUGGAGCAGGCCGAGAAAGGCUAUGAGGAAUGGCUGCUGAACGAGAUCCGGCGGCUGGAGCGGCUCGACCACCUGGCAGAGAAGUUCCGGCAGAAGGCCUCCAUCCACGAGGCCUGGACAGACGGCAAAGAGGCCAUGCUGCAGCAGAAGGACUACGAGACGGCCACUCUCUCCGAGAUCAAGGCCCUGCUCAAGAAGCACGAGGCCUUUGAGAGCGACCUGGCCGCCCACCAGGACCGCGUGGAGCAGAUCGCGGCCAUCGCGCAGGAGCUCAACGAGCUGGACUAUUAUGAUUCACCCAGUGUCAACGCCCGUUGCCAAAAGAUCUGUGACCAGUGGGACAAUCUGGGGGCGCUAACUCAGAAGCGGAGGGAAGCUCUGGAGCGGACGGAGAAACUGCUGGAGACCAUUGACCAGCUGUACUUGGAGUACGCCAAGCGGGCCGCACCCUUCAACAACUGGAUGGAGGGGGCCAUGGAGGACCUGCAGGACACCUUCAUCGUGCACACCAUCGAGGAGAUCCAGGGACUGACCACAGCCCACGAGCAGUUCAAGGCCACACUCCCCGAUGCUGACAAGGAGCGCCUGGCCAUCCUGGGCAUCCACAACGAGGUGUCCAAGAUCGUCCAGACCUACCACGUCAACAUGGCGGGCACCAAUCCCUACACAACCAUCACGCCUCAGGAGAUCAACGGCAAAUGGGACCAUGUGCGGCAGCUGGUGCCGCGGAGGGACCAGGCCCUGAUGGAGGAGCAUGCCCGCCAGCAGCACAACGAGCGGCUACGCAAGCAGUUUGGGGCCCAGGCCAACGUCAUCGGGCCCUGGAUCCAGACCAAGAUGGAGGAGAUUGGGAGGAUCUCCAUCGAGAUGCACGGGACCCUAGAGGACCAGCUCAGCCACCUGCGGCAGUACGAGAAGAGCAUCGUCAACUACAAGCCAAAGAUUGACCAGCUGGAGGGUGACCACCAGCUCAUCCAGGAGGCCCUCAUCUUCGACAACAAGCACACCAACUACACCAUGGAGCACAUCCGCGUGGGCUGGGAGCAGCUCCUCACCACCAUCGCCAGGACCAUCAACGAGGUGGAGAACCAGAUCCUGACCCGGGAUGCCAAGGGCAUCAGCCAGGAGCAGAUGAACGAGUUCCGGGCCUCCUUCAACCACUUUGACCGGGAUCACUCCGGCACGCUGGGUCCCGAGGAAUUCAAAGCCUGCCUCAUCAGCUUGGGUUAUGAUAUUGGCAACGACCCCCAGAAGAAGACAGGCAUGAUGGACACGGAUGAUUUCCGCGCCUGCCUUAUCUCCAUGGGUUACAACAUGGGAGAGGCAGAAUUUGCCCGCAUCAUGAGCAUCGUGGAUCCCAACCGUCUGGGGGUAGUGACGUUCCAGGCCUUCAUUGACUUUAUGUCCCGCGAGACGGCUGACACAGACACGGCUGACCAGGUCAUGGCUUCCUUCAAGAUCCUGGCUGGGGACAAGAACUACAUCACGGUGGACGAGCUGCGUCGUGAGCUGCCUCCCGACCAGGCUGAGUACUGCAUUGCGCGGAUGGCCCCCUACGCCGGCCCCGACGCCGUGCCGGGUGCCCUGGACUACAUGUCAUUCUCCACGGCGCUGUACGGCGAGAGUGACCUCUAACCCGCCGCGCCCUGUCCGGCCGCCAUCGCUCCCGCCCGCCGUGCGCCCUGUCCUGCGCCUCCGCUGUUCCCCCGCCUCCCGCCCCGGUGUGGUUUCCGCUUUCAGCCCCGCAGGGGGCGAGCUGGGACUCGCCGGGCGCCGAGCCUUCCUGCCCGCGAAGUGACAGUUUAUAAAAUUAUUUUCUGCAAAAAAGAAAAAAAAAGUUCCGCUAAAAAAGUAAAAACAAAAACAAACAAAAAGCCACAUAUUUUAUUAUAGAAAAAGUAUUUUUUUUCUCCACCAGACGUAAGUGGAAAAGAGGAAAAAUUAACUGUUUGCACCGAAGUGUUUUGUUGUGACAUAGGAAGAUAACUAAGCACAAUGUUAUAUUCCAUCCUUUUUAUUGACUUUUUUUUUUAAUUUCUCUAUCUGUUCCAUCUGCUGUAUUCUUUUCUCCAAUCUCAUGUCCACCUUGGAGUGGGGGUGGGGGGAGUGGGUAAUCUUGGCAAAAGGCACAGUGGUGCAUGUGUGUUUGCUAGCUCACUUAUCCAUGAGAAUAUUUUAUGAUAUUAAAGAAAAUCUUUUGAAAUGGCUGUUUUUUAAGGAAGAGAAUUUAUGUGGGCUUGUCUUUACAUUUUUAAGUCCAGAGGUACGAUUAGCCUCUUACCUGCACACACCUUUUUUUUUUUUUAAUAUUGACUUUUUAAAAUGUUCAGGACAGACCUGGAGAAUGUGGACAAUUUAUUGCUCAGUACAAACCAUAUUAAAACAAGGACACUCUUGUGAUAGAUCUUGGCUUGCUCCUUGCUUGCUGUUUUCCAGAAGCAUCUGUGGGGUCAAGGAUGGUGUGGGGCACUUGUACCCACCCUUAAUGUAUUUUUGACCCUAGUGCAAACUUCUUAUGCUUCACUUCCAUUUUUAAAAGGAAAAGGUGGUUUCCUUACAGGACAUGUAUGAGUUGAAAAUAAGGUCCUAGCUCCACCUUCAUUUGUUUCCCAUCCACAGUUAGCAAAUAGCUCUGUAGACAUCUGUGUGUCUUCACCCCACCCCCCACUUCCUUCUUGCUAUGGGACAGAUUCAGUUGUCUCUGCAAGAGUUAUCUUACCUGCUGCUAUGCAAAGUGUGGUUCCUCAGCAUCACUUGGGGGGCUUAUUGGAAAUGCAGAAUCGCUAGGCCUACUAAAUCCACCACCCCAGACCUACUAAACUGGCAUCUGCAUUUUAAUAAGCUCCCUGGGUUAUCUGUAUGCAGGGCUCUAGCUUUUCCCAUUCUUUUCUUACCUGUCCCUCUGCCCUGAGGCUUUUGCUGACAAGUGCAUGGCAGUGAAGACUUACUGACAUCUCAAUGUGCUGCAGAAAUGCAGUUUAGCAACUGAAGCCAAAGAUCUGUAUUCCAAGUUAUGGGUGUGUCUAGGAGUUAAACAACUUGGCAUGUAGCAUCUGCAGGGAGUUGGGUCUGUUCAGAUUGCCAGGGUUCAAAUCCAUGACUGCCAUUAUCAAGAUGGGUAAAGAGUGCCCUGCUGUUUCCUUAUCUAUUGAAUGGGGAGAAUAGUGUUGUGAAGUCAGUGCUAUAACACAUGCAGCUCAUAGCAUAUUGGUGCAUAUCAGUAUCAGCUGUGGUCAAUUUUAUUUUAAGUUUCAAGGGACCUAGUUGAAGGAUCUCAUAAAAAUAGGAGACACCUUAACACGCUAUGUCCCCUUAAUUAAGGGGAUUAAGACCAAACUGGAACCUGUUGAGCUGGGGCCAAACAUGACAGUCUUUGAGGGCAAGGAUCUCUUGUUUAGGGAUUAGUUCAGUGAUUUCUGGAACAUCCACUGCCCUGGGGAAGAGGGUCUAGGGAGAAGGGCUGCUGGGAGGGAAAGAGGGUCCGGAGAGCAUGGAAUUUGCUUUGGGAAACAUUCCUAUAGGUUUUCCCACAAAGUUGAAGCUCUGUAGGGAAAACUGUGGAGAGAGGCCAGAGCCUGGUUCAAGGGCCAAAGUCUUGAGAGAGGCCAAUACACCAAGUAUCUUGUUUUAGCUGUUUACAUGCGUAUCUAACCAAGGGCAAAGUGGUUAAAGACGGGAAAUGUUCCAACCAGAAAUGUGCCUCAGUUUCCAAAAGUAUGAUCAGUCGGCUUCCUUACGAAUGUACAGUUUUAUAAUCUGUAAGAGGCAUUUGAACAAGUGUGUCCACUCAGAUAUUUCACAAACUUCAAGGCUCUUUGUCUGUGUGCAAAUGACUAUAGUUAAUUAAUUUUCAACCUGUUUGAGAGGUAAAAUUUUAAAAACCUACUUCUUACAUCAUACAUAUCUUGUUAUAUCAAUAAUGUAACUUCCUGUAAAAAUAAAAAUGCUUGUUAUUUAAUAUGUAACCACAUACAUUUAAUAGAUUAAAUUUCUCAAAAUAACUAACACCAUUUACAAGCUUAAUUUAAUUCCUUUAAACAUUUUAAGCCAUAUUUACAGAUUUCAGUAAAGUUAAUUCUCUUAAGAGUGUAAAACUGACCUAGGCAGAUUGAAACCUAAAUAGAAAAAUCUUGCUCAAAAAUAUUAUAAAAGUAGUAAAUCAGUUUCCCUUGAGCGGUCCAAUGCUGUUUACCAACAGUCAGAUUCUCUUACACCCCCAAAAUUAAAAUCUUCUCUUAUACCCCCAAAAUUAAAAUCAUGUCUAGAUUCACUGUCACAUUUCAGAUUAAAAUCAAGAUUCAGA